ACAGAUUUAUUAGAAAAUAAAAUAUAAAAAGCUAAAAUCUGGGAUAAUCCUUAUGCAUAAGUAUGCAGAGCCUUAAACGUCUGAGUUUACACAUGGCAUCAGUUCUUGUGAAACAUAUAAACCAAAAAUUAAGUCAAAAAGUUCAGCCAUCCUGGAAGGAUUUUCCUAACAUUUACUUAUUUUUACCCUUUAGUUGAAGUCAUGAUACCCAUUAAAUACAUCUUUCCGAAUAGUUACACACACACACAUACACUACACCACCACAGUUAUGUGAAAAUGUCUGAAAAGGUGUAUGAAGAAAUAAAACCAAUUUGAUCAUACCCCUUACCUUCCUAUAGUCCUUAACAUGGAUACACUUCCUGUUUCUGUUUUACAUAUGAGGUUGCAAUGCUCCAAAGCAAACAAACAGAUACAUAAAUAUACAUAAACCCCUACAUGUACACUUACAGAUAUACACAACACCAACAUAUGUACACAUAAAUUUAUACGCACCGACAGCAACACAGGACCAUUCUAAAUAUGUGUGUGUUAUACACAUUCUCACUCUGGUUGAGGUACCCAUUGGUGUUCACUGCCUUUCUUCUCAUAUCUUUUUAGGAUAUUUAGUUUUUUUCUCAAACAGGGCCACUUUUGGACUCAGUGCUGAGUUUGUUCUAUUCACAUCACUCACUGAAAUGCACAUUCAUUUUGUAUUUGUUUAAGUAUGUAUAGAUUUGAAAUUAAGAGUUUCCUGUAAUUAUACUUGCCCACUCUCUUAACAUGUUUUAUUUUAAUGUUAUCUGGUAGCUGUUUAUUUCUGGCUUUAUACAUUAGUUGUGUUCUUCAAAAUUCUGCCAGAUCUGGAAAUUUUAGCAGGCAGGAGUUAAUGAAAAAUAAAUUAGUGUGAUUGUGAUAACCAACCUUAUGAACCCUUGUAAUGGCUCUUUUCUGUAGCGAACAUAACGGUAAGAGUGAAGUUCUGUAGGUGUUACCCUAAAAUUAUACACAGUAGUUUAGAUAUGGUAAAAUCAGGGAACGCUAGAGAAUGUGUAGUGCUUUAUAAUUCAGAAAAUGUUUCGCUUUACUAAGAUGAUCUUCCAUUAAUGAAAUUGCAUCUUCUGGGACACAGCCACAUAAAAAGUCACUUAAAUCUCACAUGUUUCUGCAGAAAGUUAGUUGUCUUCCUGCACACCUCGCCUAUCUGUCAUUGAAGUUGGUUGCUCCCAGUUGCCUAUGAAGUCAAAAUUGUGAAAAGAAAAGUCUGAAUUCUGAGAAAAACGUCAGAAUUCAGAUUUUUCUUUUCAGUGGCCCAAAACUCUUCCGUAAUAACAUAAUAAAACUACUUUAUUUUGUUGCAGAGAUAUUGCACUAAAUAUUUUAUCUGAGAUUAUAUUUUCAAAGUAAUGUGAAUAAAUGCUUCAUUACUCAUAGAGAAAAGGUACAUAUUUAGGUACAAAUGUGGGAUGGCUGGAUAACUAAAAGAAAACAUGAAGAGCAUGUUUGAUGGUUCAGUUGCGUCACAAAUUCUGGGCGUGUUUCUCACAACGAGGUCCAUAUAGUCCUGUGAUCCCUGAUACUGUAUACACAACACAUUUCUGCAGCCUAUUGUAGCACUGCUUAGUUAAAGAGAGGACUCUUCUCCGAAAAUGCAGACUGAGGAAUACAAUCGCAGAGGUAAGGAGAUGGUGGACUACAUCACAAAGUACCUGAGCUCUAUCAGGGAGAGAAGAGUCAUCCCAGACGUGAAGCCAGGCUACAUGCAGGAGCUGCUUCCAGAAGCUGCGCCGACUGAACCAGAGGACUGGGAGGAAAUCUUCAAGGAUAUUGAGAAAAUCAUCAUGCCUGGAGUAGUUCACUGGCAGAGCCCUCAUAUGCACGCCUACUACCCCAGUCUGACUUCAUGGCCCUCCAUGUUAGGGGACAUGUUGGCCAAUGCCAUCAACUGUGUGGGAUUUACUUGGGCCUCCAGCCCAGCCUGCACAGAGCUAGAAAUGAAUGUGAUGGACUGGCUGUGUAAAGCACUGGGACUUCCUUUUUUUUUCCUGCAUCAUCAUCCUGACAGCAGAGGUGGAGGCCUGCUGCAGAGCACAGUCAGUGAGGGGACAUUAGUUGCACUCCUGGCUGCCAGGAAAGACAAAAUUCUGCAGCUGAAGGCCAAGCUGGACCAGGAAGUGGACGAGUCGGUUCUCAACUCAACACUGGUGGCCUACGCUUCAGAUCAGGCACAUUCGUCGGUCGAGAAGGCAGGUCUCAUUACUCUGGUGAAGAUCAGGUUUCUUCCUGCUGACGAGAAGCUGUCUCUGAGAGGAGAAACUCUGAAACAAGCUAUUCAAGAGGACAGGAGGAGAGGACUUGUUCCGUUCAUGCUGUGUUCGACUCUAGGAACAACAGGAGUGUGUGCAUUUGACAAGCUCUCCGAACUGGGACCAGUCUGUGAAGAAGAGGGACUCUGGCUUCAUGUUGACGCUGCAUAUGCCGGCUCAGCCUACUUCUGUCCUGAGCUACGCUGGUCCCUGGAGGGCAUUGAGUUCACACAGUCUUUUGUUUUUAACCCGUCUAAGUGGAUGAUGGUUCACUUUGACUGCACAGCUUUCUGGGUAAAGGAUAAAUAUAAGCUGCAACAGACCUUCAGUGUUGAUCCUGUUUACCUCAGACAUGAAAACUCACGGGCAGCCACUGACUUUAUGCACUGGCAAAUUCCUCUCAGCCGUCGUUUCCGAUCUCUGAAGCUUUGGUUUGUCAUGCGUUCCUUUGGGCUGAAAAAACUCCAGGCUCAUAUCAGACAUGGGAUCGAGAUGGCGAAACUCUUGGAGUCUCACAUAAGGAGUGACCCAAAUUUUGAAGUUCCUGCAGAGAGACAUCUUGGCUUGGUGGUUUUCUGUCUGAAAGCAGGAAACAGUUUGACCCAGGAGCUGCUAAGGAGACUCACCCGUUCUGGCAUCAUGUACCUCAUCCCUGCAGAAAUCCAAACAAGACGCAUCAUUCGAUUUACAGUGACCUCACAGUUUACCACAGCAGAUGACAUUCUGAAGGACUGGACCUUUAUUUCUAAAACUGCUAGCACUCUUCUUGCUGAGAAGCACAGUUUUAAUAAUGCUGACCAGCUGAGAUCUGGCACGAAAAAGACGAAAGGAAAAGAAGAAAAUCCAGAUCCUCACUUGGAUGCCAUGGCUGAGGAAAAAGAAGAUGUGGUCACCCAGCUAGAAAAAGCUCAGGUAGACCUGUGGAUUGACAAAGCUUGGAAUCGACCUAGAAGACCAAUGCGAUCUCUUAGCUGCAACAGCGAGCCCCUACCUUAUUGGGCGCUGUUUAGCUUUGACUGUGAAACAACACCAGGUCUUCAGGAUGGAUCAGAUGGCCUCCGUGUGCCAUCAGCAACAGAAUCUGGCUCAUUGUCAAUGAUCACCGAGAUGCCUUCAAAUCUUCCAGGGAAACAGGUUCUGAAAAAACUUACGAAGUUCUACAGUGUGCCCAGUUUCUGCAACCAGUGGACCCAGUGCAGUCGGCACCAGCUGAGCUGCCCUCUGAAGGUCUCACAUGGCAGUCAAAAAACCUUCUCCACUACCCACAAGAGAAUGAACAGCAUGCCUUCUUCUCCUGCUGCAAACACAUCACCUUCUACCUCUCCGCUGGAAAGUGCCAAUGGUGCUCAACUUCAAUAACUCUCAAAUCAAUUAACAGUAAUUUAAAGUCAGUUAACAAGCAAAUUAGACAAUGUCAAAAGAAUUAAAUUUGUGUACACGUUGUGUCUCUAUUUUUUUAAUUUACAAUAAAAAGUACUCCCCGCUCACUGUUGAAUGUUAAUUUUUACACUGAGUUAUGGAUGGUGCGUUUGCUGCACUUAACUAUAAACAUAUGUUUUUUUGUUUUUAAAUUUUUUUAGAAAGUACCUCAGGCUCAAUAGUUCUGUGUUUAGCCUUGUGUUUUGAUUUGGCCAGAUACUAGUAAAAAGCUAUUGCUGCCAGUUGCGCUGUCUUUAUCUCUUUUUUCUGAACUGAGUAAUGGAUGGAACCUCUUUAGCCAUUAACUAUAUGCUGUAUACUCUUUGUGCUUUAUUACUGUAGAAGGUACUCCUGACUAAAUGCUUGUAUUUUUAGCUUCUUUCUUUUAUUAGAACUGAGCCAUGGAUGGAACUAUUGCUGACAUGAACCUUGUUUAUUCAGUUUUCUUUGUACCAUUACAAAGUACUCUGGCUCUGGCUCUGUGCUAAACCUGUUUGUAUUUUCUGCACUGAGCCAUUGACAAAGCCAUUGCUACCAAUAAUGUUAUGCUCUCUUUCUUUUUUAUUACUACAGAAGGUAACCCUGGCUGUGCAGUUCUGUGUUUUGGUUGUAUGAACCAUUGAUGGGGUGAUUGCUGCCAUUACCAAUGUGUACUCUAUUUGUUUUUCUUUACCACAGAAAGUACUCCUGGCUCAGUGAUUUUGUGUCCAACUGUGGGUCUUUCCUGAACAAAAUCAUUUAGGGAGCUAUUUCUGUUUUAACUGAUAUGUUCCUUGUUUAUCCCAAUAAAAUUAAGCUCCUGGCUCA